ACUUUCACGUGGAGCGUCAUUCUCUCACCAGAGGGCGCGCUACGCAAGCUUCACUUUCACUUUGUUGUGGAGCGUAGCGUAACGCCCUCUGGUGAGAGAUUGGUGGAGCGUAGCGUAACGCCCUCUGGUGAGAGAUUGCCUUCGUGCUUGCACAUCGGAAGGCCUCGGGAACCAGGGUACGACGGGAAUUAUAACGACAAGCGUAUGGAUGAUCGAGACUAGUCUCGAGAGCGAGAGUCUGGGGAAAGCGAGAUUACCCGUGAAACAUUAGCACGCCGAGACAGUUUUGAUACUACUUCCGGUUGAAAAUACAAAUGGAGUUGGGAGAUGUGUUUGGUGGUGUUUCUAUGUUAUUUGAUGAAUUUGAAAAGGAUAGAGAUUCAUCAACAUUUAUUUCAUUUAACAGAACAAACGAUGGUCAAGAGGAUAGAAGUAAAAUCGUUUUUACAAAAACCGGGUUGCAUGGGAAAUCAACUGAUGAGGAAAGUGAAAAUGAAGGCACGGUAGAGGUUGGUCUGUCGGAAAGUGACUAUUCAUUGAUUGUUCCAGAGGGAAUGUUCAAUGAAUCUGAAGUGAAAGAAAUGAAAUGCGGAAACGAUUCGAAGUUUAAAUUGACUCAUGAAAAAAAUAAAUUUCAAAGAUUUGCAAGUAUUAUUGAUUCUACCAGAUAUGUUCAUGAUGAGGAAAGCCCAGGCUGUCAAAUCAUAUUUCAUAACAACAGGUUUUCAAGAAAAUACCGUCCAGAGAUUGAAAGAUAUAUAUUCAGGCUGAUGGAGAUGGACUCAUGUGAUUCUGAAAUACUGCCUAAUCUGAAAUUGAAGGCAUCCACUCCAACCUGUGUUGAUAUCAAUGGGAAGCUGGAUUCCUCAGUGAAGACAUCAGAGAUGUGGGAAGCACAUGCUAUUAUUGGUGCUAGUCAGUUUCACAGAGAGUGCAUAAUUGACAGGCUUGGUUUCCUUCUGACAGGACAGGACACAUCUCUCACCUAUGGAUGGGAGAUGCCAGUCUAUGAACAAGUUUUCAUAGAAGCAUUGCCAGCAGAUGAAUCAGAGAAGUCUUCAAAACCAGAGAGAAUGAAGCAGAGCUGUUUUAAUUGUGGUGGCAAUCACAGAAUCAAUGAGUGUGCAGAACCAAAAAACUUCCAGAGGAUCAGGGAAAACAAGAACAAGUUUAUGCAGCAGUCACAAAAGCAGGGGUUACAAAGGUACCAUGCAGAAGGGGAGGUGGAUCCAAGAUUUGCUUCAUUUAAGCCAGGGAUCAUUAGUCAUGAUCUACAGAAGGCAUUAGACAUCUCCUCAAAAGAAAUACCACUAUACAUUUAUCACAUGAGACAGCUUGGAUACCCCCCUGGAUGGAUGCAGGAAGCUUUACUUCAAGAUUCAGGGAUAUCUAUAUUUGACAAAGAUGGAAAUGAGGUGUUAGUAACAGGAGAAAUGAUGGAAGACGGAGAAAUAAAGGAUCGUCUCCCAAAUGAAGCUAAUUUAAGCUACACGAGGAUUGAUUUCAAUUCAAGUGUAAAAUGUCAACUGGACUGUCAACAUAAACUGGGGACCUUCAGUCAGAUUGAUCCUGAGAAGAUCAUUGAGUAUCCAGGGUUUACAGUGAAUCCCCCAGAAGGUGUUCAAGAUGAAUAUGAGAAGUGUGGAUCUAUUCCAAUGCAAACCUGUCAACUAGUUUCCACAUUAAGAAAGGACCUGAAAGAUUUGUCCAAAAGCAAGAAAAGGAAAUUGGAAGAAGAGAGAGAGUCUAAAAAGAGGAGUCAAAAGAUGGGGUCAAAAGAAACUGAUAUGGACAUUGAGGAGGAAUCUCCCUCAACAUCUGUCAAUGGUCAUGUGUUUGUUCCACCAUUGCCCGUGGAGACUCCAUCUUCUAAACCACCCUUACCCAAAGACCAUCCACCCCCUACUCCUCCAGCUCCAAAGCUGAGUUUGCCAAAGAUGGCCAGGGAGAUUUCCAUCACUGAAAGAUCGAAGUCCCCAUCACUUGAGGAGUUGGAGAGCCAGUUAAAACUUCUACAGGAUAAGUUAGCUUCAAAUGAGACAGAUGUUGAUCUACAAAUUCUGGAUAGUUGUGGUGCCAGUGAUGAAGAAAACAGCCCUGAAGUUGCUGAACUCUUAAUGUUGAAGGAGAAACUCCUGAAAAGGACUGACUCUAUUUCUUCUAUACAAACAUUUGGCGAGUUAGGUUCUGGGGGAUCGUGUCCUGGUACUCCUCAGCCAACACCUAACACAAAUACCGGUAUGAACUCUGUUGGUAGUUUACAUCAGAGCAAGUCUAUAUCCAAAGAUUAUGGUACCCCCAUCUUGAAGGGACCAAUUGAAUCAUUGCCUGAUUCAUCAAAGUUUGGGGAGGGUAUAGAGGACCACAUUCCAUAUGAAAAUCUACCAGAUGCUACUGGUACAUAUGACAAAAUCAGAGAGCUAAUUAGUAGAGUGAGAACAAUCAAGAAGAAAAGGAAAAAUAAUCAUUGAAGUAUUUUUCUAUCAGAAUAUGUAUGUUGCCAUUUCAUGAUUGUCUGAUUAACUUAAUAGCCAACGAAAAUACAUCUGGUCCAAUAUGUCGUUGACAGCUGCAAUUCAACUGCAAGUGAGUCUGCAGCAAUGAGUUGUCAUUGAAAAUAAUGGGUGAAAAAUAUCUCCAGCACUUUGUACAACUACGAUAAUUUCCUUUUGAUUAACUCUGAAGUGUGUUGCCAAGCAAUCAAUCUUUCUUAGCAAUCAAUGGCAUUAAAAGCUGUAAUAUAUGCACUUAUAUUUGCAUUUCGUCUCAUUCUGGAUACAACUGCUUCUCCAAAACUUGAUUUUCUGUCAUUUUUAAGGUGGUUUUUUUGUGUGUGAAAAUUACGGAACCUUUCAUAUCAUUGAUUAAAGAAUUGAAGUAAAAAUAAA